AUGAAGGUGGAAAACAUCCGUUUGGAUUUGACGCUUCCAGGCCCACUUCAGGGCACUUUGAACACCACACGCCCUUCUGUGUCGUGGAAAACCGUUGGCGACGAGAAAAACUGGUUCCAGCAUGGAUACCAGAUCAGAGUUCGCUACAACAACGAGAACUGGACUGAAUACGAGGAGCAAAUGUCAGAACGGUCAACUUUUGUCUCUUGGCCCGGGCGGGACUUGCGUUCACGUGAGAGCUUUGAGGUUUCUGUCCGGGUGAAAGGUCCGGCCGGCUUUUCUGACUGGAGCGCUCCAGUUUUGGGCCAGGUGGGCUUUUUGGCGGGCCAGGAGAAGUGGCCGGCCGCUUUUAUUGCAGCAAAAAACCAGCCUCGGGCCGAAGGACCAACGGCGCCGGAAACCUUGUUCCGCAAGACGUUUUCCGUUCUGAAAAAAGUCGUCUCGGCCACAGUCUGGAGCACGGCGUUGGGCAUCUACGAGUUGGAGAUCAACGGCAAGAAAGUGGGGCUGGACUACUUGAGCCCCGGCUGGACCACGUACGAAAAAAGAUUGUUGCACCAGACCUACGACGUGACGGCUUUGAUCGACGAAAACGUCCAGGAAAACGUCAUUGGAGCCAGAGUCGGCGCAGGCUGGUACAGCGGCAAGUUUGGCUUUGACGGCGGGCUCACCAACAUCUACGGAGAAAAACGGGCCAUCAGCGCCGUGCUCCGCCUUGUGUUUGAGGACAAUUCGUCUGUUGAAAUUGUUUCAGACAAUUCCUGGCAGUCUUCGCCUGGUCCGAUCGUGGCGGCGGGCCUUUACGACGGAGAAUCGUACGAUGCUAAUCGGGAAAUUCCAGGCUGGUCAUUGGCGGCGGAAAAUGGCCUGGGCAGCUGGGCCGGAGUGGACGUUGUUCCAUUCGAAACGUCUCGCAUCGAGCCCCAGACUUUCCCCCACGUCACUGUGCAAAGAAAGAUCUCUCCAAAGCAGAUCUUCACCACGCCCAAGGGAAAAACCGUGGUUGAUUUUGGCGAGAACAUUGUCGGGUUUGUUGAGUUCCAAAACGCCACGGCUCCAAAAGGCUACCAGAUCCAGUUCAAGCAUGCUGAAGUUAUGGAGCAUGGAGAGUUGGGCACCAGACCGUUGCGCGAGGCCAAAGCUACAGACACAUACACAUUCAAGGGAGAAAAAUCGGGCGAGCUGUAUGCUCCACGCUUUACUUUCCACGGCUUCCGCUACUGCCAAGUGGAAGAUGUUUCGAAAGCACUUUCGCUUGAGGAUUUGCGUGCGGUGGUGAUCUCGACCAACAUGGCGCAGACCGGCGAGUUUUCCUGUGACAACAACCUUCUCAACCAGUUGCACGACAAUGUGAUUCGAAGCACAAGAGGCAACUUCAUCACUUUGCCCACAGACUGCCCUCAAAGAGACGAGAGAAUGGGCUGGACUGGCGACAUUGCGCUUUUCGGCCAGACGGCCGCGUUCCUCUUUGACUGUUCGUCCAUGCUCAGCAGCUGGUUGAAAGAUCUCUGGUGCGAGCAGGAACUCAAGGCAGACUCCAAGUUCCCGUAUGCGCCGCCUGUUACUGUGCCCAAUGUGAUCAAGUACAUGAAGCAUUUCUGGGACGACCAGAUCAGUGCCAUCUGGCAAGACUGCGCAGUUUUCUUGCCCAAAAAAUUGUACGACCUGAUCGGGGCUACAUUCGUCUUGGCUGACCAGUACGAGAGUAUGGAAAAGUGGAUCGAGUGCAUCCCAAAAAUUCCCGGAAAGGUUCGCUGGAACAAGGACAAAGUGCCUCACCAGCUUGGCGACUGGUUGGAUCCCGAAGCGCCUCCAGAAAAUCCGUUCCAGGCCUUGACCCUGGCCUAUCUCGUGGCAGAUGCGUUUUUGUACCAGGUGCUUUGCUACAUGACCGAGAUCAGUGCCCAAGUGGCGCCGCAGAACAAGGAAAAGUACGCUGCCAUGGCCGCACAGUGCAAAUCUGACUUCCACGACGCAUACAUUGAGAGCUCGGGCCAGUUGCUGAGUGAUUCGCAGACCGCAUACGCUCUUGUCAUUUGUUUCGGCCUCUACAAGACUUCGGAGCAGGUGGAGUACGGAGGAAAGCGUUUGGCGGCGAUUGUGGAAAAGAAUGGAUUCAAAAUCGGCACGGGUUUUGCCGGAACUCCGUUUGUCGCCAAAGCUUUGGCUACCACCGGCCACUUGGCUUCUGCCUACUCCAUGCUCUUGCAAAAAGAGUGCCCUUCGUGGUUGUAUCCUGUGAGCAUGGGCGCCACUACCAUUUGGGAAAGAUGGGACAGCAUGAAGCCAGACGGAAGCAUCAACCCGGGCGAAAUGACGUCCUUCAACCAUUAUGCUUUGGGAGCCGUGGCAUCGACGAUGCACGAAGUCAUAGGCGGGCUCGAGCUUGUGUCUCCGGGCUAUAAAGAGUUCAAAGUGAAGCCGCAGGUGGGCGGAGACUUGAAAAGAUGCCGUGUCUCGCACGAAUGUCCAUACGGCACCAUCGUGUCGAGCUGGAAAAUUGAAGACGGCAAGUUUUCGUUGGAUGUGACGGUGCCUUUGAACACGAGGGCCACAAUUGAGUUGCCCGAUGGCACACAGUCUGAGACUGGUUCGGGUGUCUACAGCUUUGAGUGCAAAGCUUAA